CAGAGGAAAUGACGUGCCAAUGUUUUGAAUCGUGCGGGCUAACGAGCAGCACGGAUAGAAAGCCUGUAACCACUGCACCGACCAGCCUCCCCCUUCUACAUUUGGGGAAAACUUUGAGCUUCAUGUCCCCAUAAUUUCUGCCACAGUUUGCAGUCACUGCUGCUCAUAAUAAUACCCUCGACCAUCUGCUGUGCCCCAACUCCAGCACUUCCUCCGCUGCGCAGUAGGAGAACGCAAUGGACCUCCACAAAAUUAUCCACAGUGCGAUGCACGAAUUUAUUCAGACUUACAUUCCUGAUGCAGAUCUCAGCACCCUGGAUGAUGUUCUUCUGUCUUACAUUACUGGAGUCCUGGAGGAUCUUGGCUCCCAGCAGAGUGUGGAGGAGAACUUUGACGUGGAGGUCUUUGCAGAGAUGCUAGAAGCUUACAUACCUGGCUUUGCUGAAAUUGAGAGUGUAAAGGUCUGUGAAAUGAUGUUCAGUCUGGCAUCGAAACUAGCCACUGCUCGAACCUCAGCUGAUGAAGAAAACAGUGUGCCUAAGGCAAGGACACAUGAUAUUUCAUUGAAACUCACAACCCUGCCCAGUGAACCUCCACCAGGAAGAGAAACACAGUGCCUUAAAACACAGACAGAGGGCGCCACUGCCAAGCUACCAGUGUCUGAGUGGGAGGCCCAGGAGCAGCACCUGCUGGAGAUGUUUCCCAAGUUUAGUCUGUCCGAGGCUCGUAGUGCCCUGUCUAUUGCCAAAGGAGACAUGGAGGAAGCUGUGCGCCUUAUCAUAGAGGGCGAUGUCCAACUCAGCCCCACUCCUCUUAAUGUAAACCAUGGGAAAAGUAUUUCCUCACUGGCAGACCAGAAACUUAAAGAGAGCAUCCUUGAGAAGUACAUGCUGGUGGACAGCGAGGAUGACAACAAAACACACCGGCCUGUCGCCCCCAAAGAUGCUCCAAAGAAGCUAGUGCGUUACCACGGUAACCAGGUGGUAACCACAAAAGGAGAGCGCUAUCAACUUGUGAAGAAAAACGAGUCAGAGGACAUGAAGAAGACAUAUGUCAACCUCAAGCCUGCACGAAAGUACAGAUUCCAUUGAUGAUGAGCACAACACUGUAAGAGCAGCUACUGACAAUAUUGUUUACACUAUUAUUAAUUUAUUGAGUCCAUUUAGCCUGAAUUUGUUUUGUUUUUUUCCCAAAGUAAAGGAACAUUUACUUUAUUCGUUAGUUAGUGUCAGUGGCUUAUUUUUUAAAAAAUGUUACCAUUAUAUGCCUUUGUUAAAACAUAAAGUUACAGUGUUUCAGUCGCAUCACUGUUCAUUUCCUUGGAAAACUUAAAAUUUUGUGAUAUUUUGGUGGGGAUGUUGUAACUUGUGUUCUAGUUUGUGUAACAGCCUAACCUAUCUACGCCAUCUCAGCAGGACUGUUGCACUGAAAUUAUAGUCCUUUUUAUAACCAUUUAAUUUUUUUUUUACAUUUCUGCUCCUUUUUUAAUUUUCAUUUUUUCUUGCUAUUUUUAAUUUGUAUUGUUUUUAACUUAGUACAAUGUAGAUUCAUAAUUAUUACAUGAAAUUAUAGAGAUGAAUCUGUUUUAAUUUUUGUAAAUAAGUUCUAGUGGUGCUGUUAAAUUUUUUCUGGACAUUACAAGUCUCAACUUUUUUUUUAAUUUACAUAUAAAAAUCAUUGAUGCCAAUUUUAUUUAAAGUUCUAUUUUUACAUCAUACGGGAAUAGUGCUGUGAAAAUGUUUGGUCAGGCCUUGUGUUCUGGACAAUUUGUUGUGCUACAAAAUGUUUUUGAGAUGAAACUCUCGUCCGAGACGUAUAGAUUUUUUAAUGAAUAUUAGUACAGUGGGCAGCUGCAGCAGUCGUCACGUAAGGGUAUGAUAUAUGGUCUCUCUUGGUUGGAUACCUUUAGGGCAUGCUAAAACCGUCCAGUAUAUAGUACGUACAAUUCACCUACAGCUUUGUUUACUUACAAAGACUAUAGUGUGUACAGUACUGAAUGUCAGUUACAGAAUCUGGCCUGCAUAAAGCAGGAUAGCUGAGUUAUAUUGCUAUCUUUGCUGAACAAAUCAGUUUUUAUCUCAGCCCAUGUUCCAGAUUUGAGCAAAAUUAUCCAGAUAACUUUGGAUAAUGGAGGAGGUUAUAUGCUUUUGAGGCAGUUGAGCAUCACCUUAUUUGUCCUCUUAACAGGUACAUAAGAGAAAGACCGUAGUCCUUUUUUGUUUUUAUCACCUUCUAUCAUACCCCUUCGGACAAAUAAAGGGUUUGUGAUAAUAUGCAAAUUUUUACACUACAUAAAGUUAUUUUUGUUGUCAUUUCUAAAAUGUUAAAACAGAUAAACGUAUAAAAAAAAUGUAAAAAUUGACACAUGAUGACUGGCUCAAAGCCAAAUGUCAGAUUUAACCUGUCACUAUGACCCGACAGACCUGAAAGUCCAGGCAGCCUAAGAGGAUAUGUUAAUAUUUGUCUGUGACGCAGCUAAAUUAGCUAAGUGGAUUAAACAAGGGGUACACUCUUUCACACACCUUAAAAGUAAUAUAUUACUCCACUAUAAUGGAAAGUGCUAUAACUAUCAAUAAAGUCUUUGUGAAUUAUUUUUCCAGCACAACAAAUUCAAUUUUCAAGGCGUGCACUCACUAUUACAGCACUAUAGAUUAUGGCAUAAUGAAGUGGAGGACUGUGGUUGCCCCAUAAAUGUCAACCGAAACAAGCUGCUGGAGGACUUGAUUUUAAAGUUCAUUCCAACAGCAUUAUCCUUAUUUUUGAUAUAGACGUUUAGAUUUGCAAAGUCUCAGAUCAUGCAUUUGUGAGGAGGCGCUGUUGUUCGCUUUCAGGGUCAGUUUACAUGAUGUUACUGAGGUUGUCCUCUAUCAUUGCUCCUUUCAUCUCAUUUGUAUUGUGUGAAUGUUGCCUCACUUGUGAUUGUUGGUUGUGGAUUUUUUUGAUUAUGAUUGGAUUCCUCUUUCUUCGCAAUUGUAUAUUAGGAUAAAUGGAUUGGUCAGUUUGCUUUUUUUUGUUUUGUUUUUUUACUAAAAUAUACCAGCUGUUAAUUUGUGUUCCCCUCUGCAUCCAUUCGGAGCAACUAUAAGCAAUUGUUUUUAAUUGAUGGUAUAAUAUAGUUUUCCUGAGUAUAGGUGUAACACAAUCAAGUGUUGAAAAGAUGUUGUUACUGAUACUUGUCCUUAUCAGCAGCAAUGUUGUCUUUAAUUAGUAUAUGAUGGUGUUACUGUAGAGCAUGGAUUGGAUUUACUGAGUUUUAACCCCUCGCUUUGAGAAACCGCUGAUGCACAAUUUAUAGUAAAUAAAUACUAAUUUUUGUAGACUACCAUU